AUGCCUCUCAACUUGGCUUAUCUCGGCUUGGUCUUGCUAUUAGGUUCCUUCAUGGAUAUCGAAACACGCGCCAUGCCAUUUCAACGUGUAUCCUGUCCGGACGAAACACCGGGAGCGCUGCCAAUGCCCUCACAGUUUGCCAGCCACGAGUCGGCGGUUGAACAUAAUCCGCCUCCGAAACUGGCAGUACCUGCUCCUGUUCAAAAGAAGAACGUCGACCCAGCUCCACCUUCAACUCCUGAUGCAGAUUCGGGCUCGCACACUUUUGACCCACCUCGAAUUGAGAAAGCAGCGAAGGCUGCGAUGGAACCAUUAGGAACCUUUAACAGAGCGCAAAACAACAAUAUCCUAGAUGCGCCCAUCAACUUACUCUCCGGCAAAGACCUUAUUCCUGACUUCGGAUUUGUCAACAACAAAAACAUCGAUGGCCAGCUACGAAAAGUGACGUAUGGAGUGGACGACAAGGGAAACAUUGUGGAACACUCUGCACAGGUUGUCAAUUCUCAUUGA